CUAACAAUUAAACAGCAAAAUGAUCUUAAUAGAUCAAUAAUAAUUUACCUUAAAAAUAGAGAUAUUGACCAGGAAUUAAUCGAUGAAUUAAUUCACAAUUUAUCCUUCAAUAACACCGAUUUUGACUUAAUUGCCUCUUCGGAAAUUAACUUGUUAGAAAAAAAAUGGUCGACGGUUAUAAGGCUUCAAAAGAAAAUCCUUGAAUUGGAAAAUAAAGUCAAUCAACUAAACGAAAUCUUAAAUAAUAAUAAUUUCAACAAUAAUAUAACUGAUUCCUUUUCCUCUCUAACUACAAACGAUAACAAUGACUUAUCUUCCUUAAAAAAGAUAAAUUGGUUACCAACAAAUGUCAAACAAACUUUAAAAGCUCAUAAAUCUCAAGUCAAUACAAUCUCAAUCCAUCCAAUUUUGCCACAACUAGUUUCUGGCUGUAACGACGGUUCCUUAAUAGUGUGGGAUUUAUUAAACUCAAUCCAACCAGAAUUUAUUAACAAAAACGCCCAUUCAAGAUCAAUUAACUGUACAUGUUUCUCCCCCUUACCAAUCUCCCUAACUUCUUUGAAUAACAGUAGUAACAGUAGUAGUAACAGUAUCCAGAAUAAUGAUAGCAAUGGUCUCAAAAAUAGCUCAACUUUUUCGAAAAAUCAAAUAUACCUCUUUGCAACAUGUUCAUCUGAUUUAUUUAUCAAAAUUUGGGAUCCUAAUAAUGAUUAUAAACCAAUUAGAACUUUAUCUGGUCACGAUCACUCGAUUUCUUCAAUAUCUUUUAAAAAUUCAAAUCCAAAUCACUUGUUUAGUUGUUCAAGAGAUUUUUCAAUUAAAUUAUGGGAUAUUACUAAUGGCUGGUGUUUAAAAUCGUUUAUUGGUCACUCAAAUUGGGUCAGAUCAAUUAAUCUAAAUUAUAAUGAUAACUUCUUAUUAAGUUGCUCAAAUGAUCAAAGUAUUAGAUUGUCUCAUUCAGAUACUGGUACUGGUUUGGCUUUAUUGAUUGGACACCAUCAAGUUGUUGAAGACUGUAAAUUUGUUCCCGAAAUUUCAAAUGUUUAUUUAGAUAAAUUGGCCAAAAAAUUUGUCUCAAAAGAAAUUUUAGAUAAUCAAAAUUAUAAAACCUUGGGCUACAAAUAUUGUGCAACAUGUGGUAGAGAUGACACAAUUAAAAUUUGGCUAUUACCUUUACCAAUAAUUAGACCACACAGAAGCCCAUUGCCCUCAUCGAAUCCAACCGGUGUUCUUCUAGCUGAUUUAAAAGGCCAUUCCUCUUGGGUAAGAUCUUUACAAUUUCAUCCUGGCGGUAGAUAUUUAUUUUCAGCUUCCGAUGAUAAAACAAUUAAAAUUUGGGAUAUAUCUUUGACGAAUUAUGAUGUAAUCAAAUGCAUCAAAACUUUGUCCGGUGGCCAUGAAAGCUUUAUCAAUAAGAUAUGUUUUGCUUCAUCAAACGGUUCUACUUCAAAAGAGUCUAAAAAAGAAGCUGAAAAACAAAAAAGGAAACUAAUAAAGUUAGACAAAAGUAUUAGAUGCACUUUAGCUAGUGGUGGUGCCGAUAAUACUGUUUGUAUCUGGGCAUGA